CCGGGCUGUAACGGGGAUGAGCUGCAGCCUCCGACUAUCAGGUGCUCUGAUGGAGUGAGCCGGGCAACGAUGCGCCUUCACUUCCUUUCUCUGUCGGGCAUGGAGAGGCUUCGUCUCUCAUCUCAGUAAACCCUGGGCCAGGGGUCAGAGGUCAUUCACCAAACCUGCACUUCUUCCCCUUUCCCCGGCACCCCAACCCCACCUCUCCGUCCCCAACAGACACUCAGCCCCUGUCACCCUUCACUAUUUCCCCAAAUUCACCAGAACUCAUCAUACCUCCUCUCAUCCACACUUUUAUCUCUCACUCACACCGUCCGUGUCCCCACUGCCACCCAAUCAACUUCAGAGGAAAGACCUCCUGAUCAACAACGUACCUGUUGGCCUUUUGAUGAAGAGACUGUGGUUCUCCAGAAGCUGCACUCAAGUGUCGUAGACAGCCUCUCAGAUAACGCCUCUCACACCCCAGCCUCAAGAUGAUGUGCGAGGUGAUGCCCACGAUCUCCGAGGACGGGCGCGGAGGAGGAGGCGGCUCGUCUUCCCCUGCUGGGGGCGGAGGAGGCAUGGGCGGAGGGGUUGGAGGCAUAGGGGGCUACAGUGGCAGGGAUUCCCGCGGAAGUGGUAGUGGAGGGGGCGGCAGUGAUGAGGGGGGCAGCACAGGCAACCUGGAGUCGCUGAUGGUAAACAUGCUGACGGAGAGGGAGAGGCUUAUUGACAGUCUGAGGGAAACCCAGGACAGUCUUGGGACGGCUCACCUACGCCUGCGAGAUCUGGGCCACGAGAAGGAGUCGCUCCAGAGGCAGCUUUCCAUCGCCCUGCCACAGGAGUUUGCAGUGCUGACCAAAGAGCUGAACCUCUGCCGGGAGCAGCUGCUGGAGCGAGAGGAGGAGAUAGCAGAGCUGAAGGCGGAGAGGAACAACACAAGACUGUUGCUUGAACAUCUGGAAUGCCUGGUGUCCCGUCACGAGCGCAGCCUGAGGAUGACGGUGGUGAAGAGGCAGGCCCAGUCUCCAGCCGGGGUCUCCAGUGAGGUGGAGGUCCUAAAAGCACUGAAAUCCCUGUUUGAACACCACAAAGCUCUGGAUGAGAAGGUGAGGGAAAGACUACGGGUGGCUUUGGAGCGAGUGGCGUCGUUGGAGGAAGAGCUGCAGACCUCGUCUCAAGAGGUUCUGUCUUUAAGGGAACAAAUCAAGCGACGGCAGCAAGGAAUAGAAAAUGGCAAAGAGCGACUUCCCAACGGACCUUCGUCCAUUUUGGAUGAAGCAGACGUGGACAGGCAGCGAGAGGGCGAGAUAGAGCGACAGAGGUCAGAGCUGGGACAGCUGAAAGAGAGGCUGGCUCUCAUGUGCAGACAGGUCGGGGAGAUUGAGGAGCAGCUGACGUCCGCCAGGAGGGAGCUGGCUCGAUCGGAGGAGGCCAACCAGAAACUACAGAGGGACGUGAAAGAGGCACUCUGUCAAAGGGAAGACAUGGAAGAGAGAAUCACCACAUUAGAACGCAGGUAUCUGAGCGCCCAGAGGGAGGCGACGUCUCUCCACGACACAAAAGAUAAACUGGAGAACGAGUUGGCCAGCAAAGACUCUCUGUAUAGACAGAGUGAGGAGAAGAACCGGCAGCUUCAGGAGCGUCUGGAUGAUGCCAAACAGAAGCUGCAGCAAACUCUGCAGAGGGCUGAAACACUGCCAGAGAUCGAGGCCCAGCUUGCACAGAGAGUGGCAGCACUCAACAAGGCAGAGGAACGUCAUGGUAACUUUGAGGAGCGACUGCGACAGAUGGAGGCGCAACUCGAGGAGAAGAACCAGGAGCUACAGAGAGCGAGGCAGAGGGAGAGGAUGAACGAUGAACACAACAAGCGACUCUCCGACACAGUGGACAAGCUGCUGUCUGAGUCCAACGAGAGGCUGCAGCUCCAUCUGAAGGAGAGGAUGGCCGCUUUGGAAGAAAAGAAUGCCCUGUCUGAAGAACUUUCUAACAUGAAGAAACUCCAGGAUGAUCUCUUAGCAAACAAGGACCAGCUGAUAGUGGAGCUGGAACGGCUGCAGCUGGAGUUAGAUCAGCUGAGAGCGAGGCCUGGGGGCUCUUAUUCCAGUCGCUCUCUGCCAGGUAGCGCUCUGGAGUUGCGGUAUUCCCACGGGAGUGGGUCGCUCCCAACAGGCUCCACCACUCACCUGGAUCCCUUUGGUAACGCCUCCACUGGGGGAGUGGUAAGGCGAAGUCAUCGGGCUCGCUGGAGUUCGGCUAGAGAGGACUCUACCAAGUACCCAGACUGGGAGAGCGGGGCUCUGCUAGGGACCGGGUUUGAGCCGGGCUUGGAUGUGGGCUGCUCAGAUGACGAGGACGACGGGGAGCCCCGCUUUGGCUCUGAGCUGCUGUCCCCCAGCGGACAGACGGACGUGCAGACCCUGGCCAUCAUGCUGCAGGAACAGCUGGAGGCCAUUAAUAAGGAGAUCAAACUGAUCCAGGAGGAGAAAGAGAACACUGAGUUGCGGGCCGAAGAGAUCGAGAGCCGGGUCAGCGUGGCUUUGGACAGUCCGCCAAUUCCUCCAUCCACCCUGGGAAGAGACAGCACAGGACGGGGCUUCAUCCCCUCGUCCAUCACAUCCUCCACCCUGGCCUCCCCCUCCCCCCCGAGCUCUGGACACUCGACCCCUCGCCUGCCUCACUCUCCAGCCCGCGAGAAUGAUAGACAAAACAGCAAAGAUGAUGACCGGUCCCUCGCUCUUCUUGACUCCACGCCUCCAUCCACUCCCCGUGCACUGCGACUGGACAGAAUGACGCUAACCCAUCCAGGAGCGAUGCUCGACGACGCCCGGGAGUUUCGCAGUCUCUCCGCAGAUGGCAGCAGCUCCAACAGCAGCCAAGAUUCUCUACACAAGUCCAGUAAGAAGAAAAGCAUCAAGUCUUCAAUCGGUCGGCUAUUUGGGAAGAAGGAAAAGGGAAGGAUGGGCCAACCAGGGCGGGAAGGAUCUGGUUCUCUUGCAUCGACACCCUCUGAAGACAUGGCCUCUGGAGACGCAAUGGGCAUAAACAAGACUGGGACUCUGGGUCCAGCAGAUAAAGACCGCCGCAGCAAGAAGAAGCAUGAACUACUGGAAGAAGCAUGUCGCCAAGGACUUCCCUUUGCAUCAUGGGACGGGCCCACAGUUGUAUCUUGGUUGGAGCUGUGGGUGGGGAUGCCGGCCUGGUACGUCGCAGCCUGUCGCGCCAACGUGAAGAGCGGUGCCAUCAUGGCAAACCUGUCGGAUACAGAGAUCCAGCGGGAGAUCGGCAUCAGUAACCCGCUUCACCGCCUCAAACUGCGGCUGGCUAUCCAGGAGAUGGUUUCCCUCACCAGCCCCUCUGCCCCGGCCAGCACUCGCUCUUCGACCAGUAACGUUUGGAUGACCCACGCUGAGAUGGAGUCCCUGAACGCAGCCACCAAGCCUCCGGAGCUCAAAGAGUUCAGCUGGGAUCAGAUUCUUGCCUAUGGCGAUAUGAAUCAUGAGUGGGUUGGCAACGACUGGCUUCCCAGCCUGGGCCUACCACAGUACCGAAGCUAUUUCAUGGAGUCCCUGGUGGAUGCUCGCAUGUUGGACCACCUGACCAAGAAGGAGCUGAGAGGACAGCUCAAAAUGGUGGACAGCUUCCACAGGGUCAGUUUGCAUUAUGGCAUCAUGUGCCUGAAGCGUCUGAACUACGAUCGCAAGGAGCUGGAGAGGAGGAGGGAAGAGAGCGUCCACCAGAACAAAGAUGUUAUGGUGUGGUCCAAUGAGCGUGUGAUGUGCUGGGUGCAGAACAUCGGUCUGAAGGAGUAUGGCGACAACCUGCGUGAGAGCGGCGUCCAUGGGGCUUUGCUGGCUUUAGACGACACCUUUGACUACACUGACCUGGCCCUGCUGCUGCAGGUCCCCAACCAGAACACACAGGCCAGACAACUCCUGGAGCAAGAGUACAACUCGCUCAUCUCCAUGGGAACUGAAAGACGACCUGAUGAGGAUGGAGUGAAGACCUUCACCCGCUCGCCCUCCUGGAGGAAGAUGUUUAGAGAGAAAGACCUUCGGGGCGUGACCUCCGACUCCGCCGAGACCCUGCCUGCUAACUUCCGUGCCUCAGCCAUUUCCACGCCCUCCGUCACCCUGAGAAAGGUUCAGAGUGAGGCCAGCUCUGGUGCCCGGGGUGAAUCUGCCUCAGUGAGGACGUACUCCUGUUGAGGGGCUGAGGGCGCUGACUGGAUUGGGACUAGAGGAGCCUCUCGCUCAUCCACGGAGAAUGAAGCAAUGAAUAUAACCAUUUAACUUAAAAAUAAAAGUAUCGGUCUGACCAUUCUGCAAUAACAUAAGCAAAGGAAUAAAGGGGAAAAUGACAUGAAGAAUGUAUGAAUGUAUUUUCUGACCAGACUUGUUAGGUUGGAUGGGAUCAGCUGUUUUUCUCUCUCUGUCUCUCUCUUCCUGUUGUUCUGUCUUUGCUCUACCUCUCUCAGUGUGACUAUGGGUUAGUAAUCGAGGUAAAACACCGGUGUUGGUUCAGCUUAUGCCGGUAGUGCAUGUUUCCUCCUCUCUUCAUUCCUGUUGGAGUCUGCACACAGUCAGCAGAGUUGGCAACAUCAGGGCUCAUUUUCCUACCUUGACAGGAAACCACUACUUGCUGCCAUUGAUCCUCUUACAGUUUGAAACAACAACUAAACAUGUCGCCUUAUAACUUCUGCUCAACAACCGGUGCUUUUAAUGAGACCCGGGGCAGAAGUUAACCUCACCAUAAAGUUUAGAUUCAAAAUAAAAUUGUAAACUGGUUUAGGGGAAUCACGGAUGGACAUGAACCGGUUUUAACUCUAAACAACACCGGUGUUCUCACUUCUGCUCAUGGUGUCCAGUAUCGGCCAUGUAGGUUCUUUUGUUGGAUUCUAUGGGCCCGUCAGGGGGGCCUAAGUGUCCCCACUUGGUUGGAGUGGUGUAGUAAAACACGUCCGAGUUCAGACUGUUCUCCGACAACAUCACAGGGACCCUCCUCAUGCUUUGUCUAUUGGCACCUUGAAAGCUGAGCUCUUUUGAAGGGACCCCAUUAUAGAGAUCAAAGGCCCAGGGGUGGAUGGGACAGGGUGGAGCGAGGCCACAGAAGCAUUGUGUUCAUGAUAACGAUGGCAGGAAAUCCAUAAAGCUAGACCUGGUACCACUUUCUGAAAAGGCGUCCUUUAUAAAGGGUUCAUAACUUUUAAACGGGCCGUCUGCGCAUUUUAUUUGUACUGCUCUGCUUCAAGGGAAGUCUAGGAUUCAGCAUUUACAGUGUCUCCCGUACUAGGGAGUAAAACACGGGACAUCCAAUCCCUCUGAUGCGUUUUACCUUUUUAUUUUUUUAUCUGGUAGUAGCCUAACUUUUUUCAUGUGCAAUACUAAAAGGAUUGAGCACCCCAUUCACUUAUAAUUAUUAGAUCACUAUCACAUACAUUAGUACCUUGGUAAAGUAUGAAGUUUGGUAGUUUAGUAUGAGGAACUGCAUGUUAAACAGUCACAAGUAUUCAGAUUAUUAAUAAGACGUUAAAUCGGUGGUAAAAGAUGCAGAUUAACCAGUCAUAAAGGGUUAUUGCAUCACAAAAAUGUAGCUAUUUGAGUUUAAAAGGAUAAUAUUUGUGAAUACAUUGAUUGAAGAGCUAGCUAAAAAGUUACAUAAUUAUCUAUGCAUUAUCUUAAACCUGGCCUAUUCAUAAUGGACUAUAAGAACAUGGUAAACAUGAAAUCAAUUAAUGAAGUUAAUAAUGUACAUUCUUAAUAAAAAGUGGUACCAACUAUGAAGGAAGGCCUGACAUUGGGGUCAGAUUUUAAACUCCUAAUUUUCCCUCCACGAUGGGUUUGUGCGCUUCAUGACUUGUAAUCAUCAGCUCAGGGUCUUGGGUAUUCCUGAUGAUGAGAGAGGUGGCAGAGAGACAAAACAGCGGCUCAAAGCGAGGAGAGAACAAAACUGAAAGGGUGGACAGAAGCCGGUCAUUUUACUGCACACACAAGCCAUAACAGUUACCAGGAGCUCUCUGGGGGGGGGAGAUCAGAGAGAGGCAGCAAGAGAGGGCGAGCCCGAGGAAGCCCAGGAAACAAAACCUUUAGCCUCUGUGUUUACGAUGCAUGUCAAACAAACGACAAUGACCUAAAACAUUUUUUUUGGUGGUGAAGAUGAUAUGAGGUGUCUUUAAAAAUAUAUAUCUGUAUGAUAAACCUAUGGGGAUCGGGAGCCUGGGGAUCAAUUUGUAAAAUGUGUGUAUUUUUUUCAGUUGUAUUUAUUAUUUUUUACGAUAUCUAUUUAUUUUUCUUUAGGUAUGUAUUGGAUAACUGUAUGUAUAUGUUCUGUUCCUUCUUGACUUCAUUUGAACUAGUUUUAAAAGUAAAUAUGAAACAUUGAAAAUGGUCAUUCAAAUACACUACUGUAUGUGUACAUUUUGAGAACAAAUUGUGCAAUGAUUUAACAGAUUUCCAUGAUAAAAGUGACAGUAAUGCAAAUUGAAAAUAUCAUCUGGAAAAUAAAUAAUAAUGAUGAUGAAAAUGGUGAUGUAAAAGAAAACAGAAAAUAAAGCGAUCCAAGUGGGUAUGCUGAUAA